ACAUGUCUCCCAUGCUUUUCCACGCGCUCACCUUCCUCCUCACCAUCAUCGUCGCCGCCCAACCCCAAGACGACGCCUUGGACUACGACCGAUGCCGGCCCUUCACCUGCGGAGGCAUCAACUACUCCUUCCCCUUCCCCUUCUCCGACUCCGCCUCCUUCGGCACCGACUCCGUCGGCUGCGGCCUCUCCCGCUUCCAGCUCUCCUGCGACGCCUCCGGCCGCCCCGUCCUCGACCUCCCCGGCACUCCCUACCGGGUCCUAGCUCUCUACCCGAACAGCGAGGAGCUCGCCAUCACCGUCGUCAACGACCAGCUCAUCAAGGACCUGAACGCCAGCUCCUGCGAGUCGCUCCAGAACCUGACCAUCCCGAGCUCCGGAGUCCAGAUCGACAGCCUCGGCCUCCCUCCUCGGUGGCCCUUCAACCUCACCUUCUUCGAGUGCGACUCCGGCAUCGCGCUCCCCCGCGAAAUCGCCGACGCGAUGGUGGUGAACGUGAGCUGCGGAGAGGAGAGACUUUAUGUGUGGUGGAACCAAUCGAGGAAUCAGUCGAUUCGUUCCGAUUACUCGUACGGCGGAGAGACGCCCUAUGGAUGCAAGUUCGUGGAGGUGCCAGUGUCCGAUGUCCUCAAUUUAAAUAGCAGUGGAUUUAGGAACAUGAGUAAAGAGGAGAGGUGGAGCUUCGUUCUGGGUGUGAUGAGAAAAGGAUUUCCUCUGGCCUGGUCCGCCAUUCCGGAUUGCGAAAACUGCCGAAGGAGAGGCGGCCGGUGCGGAUUCGAGGCCGGUUCGAGAAAAGUCGUCUGCUUCUGCAGCGGCUGCAAGAAGCCAGACAAGACCAAACUCAUUAUCGGUUGUGCAUUGGGAAGCUUGUCUCUUGGGCUCGUUAUGAUCUUACUAUACAUUUUUAAGUCGAGAAGUUUGUCAAUUCAGAAGACAUCCUGUUUUGGCAAAGAUGAAACUGCAGAAGAGAGGGCAAAGGCAGAGCAAUUCAUAAGAACUUAUCAGUCAACCUUAUUGACCAGUUAUUCAUACAAGGACGUAAAGAAGAUGACCAACGCCUUGAAGGAGCGACUGGGUGAAGGUGGAUAUGGUACUGUCUAUAAAGGAAGGAUGCCAGGCGGGCGACCUGUCGCUGUCAAAAUACUCGACAAGUCCAGCAACAACAGCCAGGACUUCAUCAACGAAGUUGCAACCAUAGGCAUGAUUCACCAUGUUAAUAUUAUCCGUUUGCUCGGUUUCUGUUUGGAAGGUUCGAAACGAGCUCUAAUCUAUGAGUACAUGCCUAACGGGUCUCUAGGAGACUUGCUGCAUAACGAAGGGUCAAAACUUUCUUUGGUGAUGGAAAAACUGCUCGAAAUUGCUAUAGGGGUUGCCCUUGGAAUUGAGUACUUGCACAAGGGUUGCAACUCACGGAUAUUGCAUCUUGACAUAAAGCCUCAUAAUGUUUUGCUUGAUGAGAACUUCAACCCGAAAAUCUCUGAUUUUGGGUUGGCAAAAAUAUACUCCAGGAAUAGGAGUUUCAUCACCAUGACAGGUGCUAGGGGAACGGUCGGGUUCAUUGCUCCUGAAAUAUUCAUGAGAAAUCUGGGAAAUCCUUCUCAUAAGUCCGACGUCUACAGCUUUGGAAUGCUGUUGCUCGAGAUGGUUGGCAAGAGGAAGCAUGAAGAAGUGAAGGGAGGCAAAUCGAGUGAAUCAUAUUUUCCAGGCCAGAUUUACGAUGAAAUCAAUGAAGAAAGAGCACAAGAAUUUGGCGAUCUCGUGGAAGAAGUUGCUGUGUCAAGAAAGAUGAUUAUGGUAGGUUUGUGGUGCAUUCAAAUAAAUCCGAAGGAUCGGCCCUCGAUGACGCAAGUGCUGGAAAUGUUGAUGGGCAACUCGAAAAGCAUUCCAAUGCCGCCCAAGCCGCAGUUCUUUUCUCCUCCUCGAUCGCAAGUCAUGCCUGGAAGUUCUUCCACAGAUGUAGACGCUAGUUCUGUACCCCUCACGCUUGACAGUCAAGAGACGUAGCUGAUUAGUAAAGGGAUUUUUCUCAGUGAAGCACAUUUGAGAAUGGCGUAUGGAUGGCACAUGAGGAAUUGAGGAUGACAUAGAAUGGGAAAUACGUUGACACUCUUAAUACUUUUUGUUCCAGUGGGUUUAUAGGCUUCAUAGGACAGAAAGGAAGGCUUGAAGGAAGUUGGAGAAAAGAAAGUGAGGUUUUUAUGUUCCAGAAAAGAUACAUCUACCUACAUUAUAAACAUCUACAUACAUUUAAAAAUAGAAUA